AUGACAUUUGCCAAUAUGGUAGCUGGUAUUCAGAAUCGUAGUCUAUGGAUCGACGAUGAAUGCACUCAAGACGGUAAGCGAACUCAACCGCGUCAUGCAUACACCGUCUACAAUCGUCAGGCUCAGCUCAUUUUGUCUAUCACUUGGGUUUGGUCGUUUUCUGUGUACUUUGCCUUGCAGUUACUGCUGGUCUCUAGCAUAUUCUUCUCCAGGUGGCGAGCUUUUUGCCACCCUUUUCGAGCGAAUUCAUGUGAACGACGUCUAGAUGACAAGCACGUCUUGAGGCGGCACAAAUACGUCGUCGUCAUUGGCACUGUAAUCGGUGUCUAUUCGGCUUAUCUCACCGCCUAUGCCACCAUACAAGUGCUACAGCUUGUCAAUAUCAGCGAGUGA